AUGCUGCCCAUUCGCACCUUCGCUCGACCUCUGCGCUCGACCUUGACAAGGCAAACUUCCUUUGCGCAUCGCCAGACCGUUGUUCUCCCCAGCCGCAUCGCCGUCGCCGCCGCCACACGUCUCGCAAGCUCUUGCUGCAACGGCUCCCAUCAUUCUUACCCGCCUGCGACACCGAAAACCAAAAUCAUGGCUGGCGCUACCCCCAAGGAGGUUGAGCAGUACCUCAAGCAGUCCCACGACCGCAUCUUUGAAAACAACCGCAAGUGGGCUGCUCAGAAGAAGGAGCAGGAUCCGGGCUACUUUGUCAGCCUCAGCGCCGGCCAGUCCCCCAACUACCUUUGGAUCGGAUGCAGUGACUCUCGUAUCCCCGCCGAGCAGAUUACUGGUCUGGAGCCCGGCGAGACCUUUGUCCACCGCAAUAUUGCCAAUCUCGUCGUCAACACCGAUCUCAAUGUCAUGAGCGUCAUUAACUAUGCCGUCCGACAUCUCGGCGUCAAGCACAUUGUUGUCUGCGGCCACUACGGCUGCGGUGGUGUCAAAGCUGCCAUGACUCCCAAAGACCUUGGAAUUCUCAACCCUUGGCUUCGUAACAUCCGCGACGUCUACCGUCUGCACGAGGAAGAGCUCGAUGCCAUUACCGAUGAGGAGAAGCGUUAUAACCGCCUCGUCGAACUGAACGUUGUCGAGCAGUGCCGCAACGUCAUCAAGACAGCCGCCGUUCAGCAGUCCUACAAGAAGAACAGCUAUCCCAUCGUCCACGGCUGGGUCUUUGGUUUCAGUGACGGUCUCCUCACUGAUCUCGAGAUUAACUUUGAGGAGAUGCUUGACAAGGUCCAGAAGAUCUACAACCUUGCCGAUGAGUAA